GUCAAUCCCAGCUCCGUUUUGUUUCGCACCUUCGUCUGUAGGCCGUCGCCCGCCACUAUUCCGUCUUCUUCCAAACCUUCGGUCACAGCUUCGUCUCCUUUCAUACCUCUCAGAUCUGUAUUGGUUCGCACCUUCAAUAUCCGCCGGAAAUCUGUCUGGGUUCGCACUUCCAUAUCCGCCGGCAAGUCCUUGGUUGUGUCGCCCGCAGAAACUAUGCUUUUGGUCAAAAAUCCGUCUGGGUUUUCACUUCAUAUCCAUCGGCUAAUCCAGGAACAAAUAGGAGAAAAAAGUUCUCCACUGAAAUUUCUGAAAAAAAGGUGCGGGAAUGGGGAGAAGAGAGAUGAACGGAAGGGGUUGACCAGGCUGAAGUUGCACAUGGUAAAGGGGUAAACAAAGCUGUAAAAAAAGGUGAAUAUAUAUGGUGUACCCCGGGGUGUAACCCAGGGUGUACACCAAGACUUUUUGUUUUCUGAAAUGCACGUUCAUUUAUCG